ACUGCACAGUUUUGAUGUCUCUGAAAGCUGUUAUGAUGGUUCAGUAACGUGGCAGUAAAAAUUGUUCUCUGCUAAGGUCAGUCUAUGCCAAAUUAUGUGUUGAUAUGUAAGACCAAGCAGCUAGGAGAAUACAAUGGCUGAUUGGGACUAUGACUAUCUCAUCAAACUUCUUGCACUCGGAGAUUCUGGGGUUGGAAAGACCACUUUCCUAUACAGGUACACAGACAGCAAGUUCAACCGCAAGUUUACUACUACAGUUGGAAUUGACUUCAGGGAAAAAAGAGUGACAUACACAGGCACUGGUGCUGAUGGAAUCACAGAAAGAAACUUUAGGGUUCAUCUUCAGCUUUGGGAUACAGCAGGACAGGAAAGAUUUCGCAGUCUAACCACAGCAUUCUUUAGAGAUGCAAUGGGCUUUCUGCUGAUGUUUGAUUUAACUAACCAACAAAGCUUUCUCAAUGUCAGAAACUGGAUGAGUCAGCUUCAGGCCAAUGCAUACUGUGACAGUCCAGACAUUGUGCUGGUGGGAACCAAAGCUGACCUGCGUGACAUGAGACAUGUUCACACCAGGCAGGCCCGGGACCUGGCUGACAGAUACAGUAUUCCCUACUUUGAGACAAGUGCAGUGACAGGUGCUGAGGUGGACAAAGCUGUGACCACUCUUUUGGGGCUUGUAAUGAAGAGGAUGGAGCAGAGCACUGGUCGCGCCUCAGAGACCAACGGCAGUCCUGCAUCAAGCCAUGAGGUGGAGGAGGCUGCUGUCACAAGAAAAUGUUGCUAAACAUUUGCAAACUGUAAAUAAAUGUUUGAUAGUUAAUUUUAACAUGUGCAGUAGUAUUAUCGUGAUUAUUUAGUAAAGAAAAGUGAAGAUAAUCUCAGAGGAAUGUGAUUUAUUGUUUCACUGAGGCAUUUAUGUAAGAAAUACAGGCACAUAACAUAUUUAUCAUGGAGCAUAAUCAAACCAUUUAGGACUGCAUGUAUGAUUUAUGAAUGAGGACAGAAACCCCCUUACAUGUUGUAGGUUCAUGGCUUGCAUAUAAAAAGCCAUGGGAUUUAUGUAUUCUGGAACAAGACAGACAUGCAGAUUGAACAAAGUACAAGACUGUAUUAUGGCAGUUAAAAAUCAACAUAUUUAAUAAAUUGUUAUGUAUAUAUGUAUUAUCAGAAUGCACCAAUGCAUCGUAUGUUGAUAAUUACAAUCAUUACAGAGAGUAUUAUCUUUCAAGAUCUAUGUAAUUUAACAUUUAGAAGGUAAAACAUCUGGCGCACAUUUCACUCUUAAUAAAUACCUUGAGAACAUUCAUAAAGUUACAAAAAGUCUACAUUACACUGACUUAAAUCAAAAGCAGAAUAUUUUGUGCACUGCAAAGAGUAUUCCACAUAACAUAAAAUAAAAUUCAAAAUAUUUCAAAACAAUUUUUCCUAACCUAUAAAAGUCCCAAAAUAAUACUUCUUUAGAUUACAUAUGAACACAAGGUCUUUGGUGCCCUGCAUGCAUGCUUGGUACAAAACAAGUACACAAAUAAAUGGUUACAUUUAUGUAUUGUGGUUAAUGUAUCUUCCUGUACUAUAGAAGACAGACAAACAUUGGUCGAUGCUGAAAGUGCCCCAUGUUGAACACAUUAGUUACAGCAGAAGUUGAAUGACAGUACAGUGCUCCAACAAAUGUAUUUGCAGCUUUGAGCACGUGUUGAGAAAUCAUAAGACAGUCAUGAGGCUAGCUUUCUCUGUUUGGACCCAGUCAUCAGCUCCAUUUGUUAAUCUGUUAGCACUCUGGCACUAAGGGAUAUUUGUUAUUAA